AUGCAUUCGUUUAUGCUCUCCUCAAAACUGGCCAAAGUUCUGAUCUACAAUGGAAAAACAGUAAGGAGUUUUCCACUCCGUAGGGCAUUCGUUUCCGCGUCACCAAGGCCCUUACAAGGAAAAGAAGAGGCAGAGCAAUGCCAAAAUGUGAAAGAAGCAGCAGAUGCAGUGAAGGACGGAGCGAAGCAAGUGAAGGAAACCACCGAGUAUAUCCAAGAUGUCGCUUCCACUACGUCUGGCCGAGUAAGUAAGAUGACAAAAGAUGUGACGGAAAAGGUUAGUGAAACGACGGAUUCUGUCACUGAAAAGGCUAAAGGAUCUGUAUCUGGAGUGGUGGGUACAGUCAAAAACGCUACUGAGAUCAUUAAGAACAAUGUUGGUGGCGAUUAG